GAGAGGAGACCAGCCAUGACUAUAAGACAGUAGUUAAAUUAUACAUAUUGUCUGUAUGUAUCCUCGUGAAUGUCCUUCCAUUGACCCGCAGAGAAAUUUUCUUCUUUCCUCUUUCCUUGCUUCCACAAGUCUUCUCCUUUUCCUUUCCUCCCCAUUCUUUUCCUUCCAUCCAAACAGAGAAACCCCAACGCACAGAGAUAUUGAACGAAUGGGUAAUCCUCAUUUCUCUUCUUUCCACCUUAUCUUCUUCACUUUCCUCCUCCAUGCAUUCAUCCACCGUGGCUUCUCCAACCCGGAAAAUCAAAACCCCAGCAGAGAAACUCUCGAAAUAAUAAUCGGCGGCGGCGGUCCUCCCGCUCCCUCGCCGGAAAAUCCGGACUGUCCGCCGCCGGCACCUCCCCCGGAACCAGAAUGCCCUCCACCACCACCUCCCCCGGAACCGGAAUGCCCUCCGCCGCCACCACCACCAAAACCUCAUCGGCCGGCGACGGUUCAUUAUCCUCCGCCUCGGCCCCCGACUCAGGUGCCGCCGUUCGGAGGGUUUGAAAACGAGUUGCUUCAAAGAGUCAGCCCUGUAAUCGAAAGAUUUCGGAGAAGAAUCGUAGAUGACCCAACAGGGUUGACGCAGAACUGGCAUGGUAAAGAUAUUUGCAGCUACAAUGGCUUGAAAUGCGACUUUCUUCCCGGGACGAAGAAGAGAGCUCUUGCUUCAAUCGACUUUAAUCGCCGACGACUCGCGGGCGGCCAUGAUUUUUCCCUCAACGGUUUCAUCGAGAAGCUCCCGGAACUUGCAAUCUUCCACGCCAACUCCAACAACUUCACCGGCACAAUCCCGAAAUCCACCAGCAAGCUCAAGUACUUCUACGAACUCGAUCUGAGUAACAACAAGUUGUCCGGCGAGUUUCCGGCCGAGCUUCUCAAUUCCCGCCUUUUGACAUUCUUGGACCUCCGGUUCAACUCAUUCUCCGGCUGCGUUCCACCGGAAAUCUUCAACAUAGACCUCGACGUCUUCUUCAUCAACAACAAUAAAUUUAUUCAAACCCUCCCGGAAAACCUCGGCUCCUCCAGAGCCCUGUACUUCACUUUCGCUAACAAUAACUUCACCGGUCCGAUCCCGAGAAGCAUCGGAAAAGCUCCAUUUUUACUCGAGAUUCUCUUCUUGAACAACCAGCUUUCCGGAUGUUUACCGUACGAGAUCGGGUUUUUGGUCAACUCCACCGUGUUCGACGCCGGCCGGAAUUUCUUGACCGGCCCGAUUCCGCUUUCUUUUGGGUGCUUACAGAAGAUGGAGAUCCUCAACUUCGCCGGAAACAUGCUAUACGGGGCGGUGCCGGAGAUUGUCUGCAAGUUGCCGAAUCUGAGAAACUUGUCGCUCUCUGAGAAUUUUUUCACCCAAGUUGGACCGGAGUGUCGGAAGUUGAUUAACAAGAAGGUUCUUGACGUAAGGAAGAACUGCAUUUUGGGUAUUCCUGAUCAGAAAUCGCCAUAUGAGUGUGCUGUGUUCUUCUCGAAACGUCAGCUUUGCGAGAAUCCGGAAUCGAUGAAGUGGAUUCCUUGCAGGAAAGAUGGGUACGUGACUCCAUUGGAGACGUCGGAGAAGAGGGGAGAUAGUCCGGCUCCGUCGCCGAUGAUUUACCGUACUCUUGCACCAGGUCGGUCGUGAUUUGGGUUCUGUCUUCUUGAUUCUUAAAAAUCGGUAUAUAUAUAUAUAUAUGUAUGUAUGUAUGUAUGUAUCUACGUGAUUGUGUAUGUUGAUGGAAGAUGGUGGUGUCAGGGGAAUUUUAAUAAAUGUAAGUGUAUUGUACCA